CAGUUUUAAGAGAAUGGUAAAACCUCAAAUUUCAUUCUUGAUUUGUUGAUUAGAAAGUCACAAUGAUAUCAGAAAGUGGUGUAUUCUCAGAAGCUGUAUUUAUUGUAUCAUCCUUGGAGAAUCCCAAAAUGAGCAUGAUUAGGCUGAACUGAAAGAGAUUUGGACCAAGCACUGGACCAAGCAAAGCCCUACAGUACUGAAAGUGAUUAGUCUGUUUAAUAUUUUAAAAAUGAUGUGGGUACAGAUGAGGAAAACUUACAACUACAUUGAAAAGUAUGGCAAGAACGACAACUGGUUCUUCCUUGCACAUCCCACUACACUUGCUGUCACUGAAAGUUUAAAAUAGCUUCUGUUUACUAGGGAUGCAUCACAACCCUCUGGUCUGGGCUACACAACUGGCAACUUUAAAUACAUGACUACAGAAGGCGGAACUGUCUUUAGCAUAGAGUCUAUGAGAAGACUUAGCCUUCUCAAGAAAUCUAAAAGGUGUGCAGCUGAAGACAUGCAGCUGGCAGUCUGCCUGAAAUAUGCAAGAGAUCUUGCAGAAAUGCAAAGGAUUCCCAAGAAAGCUGUACAUGAUACAAAACCAGUUCUGACUCAACAGACAAUAUCUAAUAACGCUCAGCAAGUAGUAGAAGGCUGCUGUUCAGUUAUGGCUAGUAGUUUUAAUGGACUGACUCAACAGAUGAUAGUAAUAAUGCAUGGUAUAUACCAGAUAAGGGCAUUUGAACAUUACUUCAACACCACACUGAUGUUCUUGCCUCCAAAUGGUUCAGAAAAUGACUGA